UGUCUUCCCGAACGUGCGCUUUUCUGUUUUCAUGCUUGCUGGUUGAACCUCUUCAGCCUCCGUAGCCAGCGGGUCAAAAGUGCCGGUCAAAAUGGAAGUGAAUCCCCCCAAACAGGAGCACCUGCUGGCCCUGAAAGGUCCUGUUUCCCUCUGAUUUGGAAAGAGAGUCUUGUAAUUAUAAAUUACAUUCUAGCUCUGAGGAACUCAGCUAAGAAAUUUUCUCUUCAUUAAGAGUAACUGGAUUACUGCAGAAUGACUACAGAAGUAAUAAUACAUUAUCGACCAAGUGAGAGGGAUCCCACACAACUGCCAAAAAUUGCAGAGAAAGCAAUUCAAGACUUUCCUACUCGGCCACUAUCAAGAUUUAUUCCUUGGUUUCCUCAUGACAAGUCCAAACUUCUCAAACCUAGAAGAUCACCACCUGUGAUUUCUGAAGAGGCAGCUGAAGAUAUGAGACAAUACUUAACCAUUUCAGAACAUGAUGUUAAAUCACAGAGUUAUGAUUGCACAGUAGAUCUAUUGGAGUUUCAACCUAAUUUGACAAAAAAGAGGCACUUAAUCCGAUCACACACACUGAGUGAACAGACUAAUCCUGGAAACCUGGACGAACGAACAGAGAAAGGAAGACAACACAAGAGGAGGUCUUGGAGUGUUUCACUUCCCAGCAGUAAUUGUACUGAAAAUAUUUUUCCUUUGUCUAAAAAACUGCAAGAUAGUUUAAAGGCACUAAAUUUGCACUCAUUUUAUAGAGCAAGAUGGAUAAUAGAACACACUGUUUGUAACAGCCAAAGUCUGGAAGACAUUUGGGCAAAACUCAAUCGAAUUAUCAGGCAUAAUGAACUUCCGUCUUGUAAUGCUACAAUUCAGAGACAUUUAGGCGAGAUAUGGGUGUUCUGUGAUGUUAUGUACUGUGAAUAUGUAGGAAAUCUUCUUAAAGGAAGAUUAGCACUUACUGGGGAAAUAAGUUUAUUUGUGAAUAAAUAUGGUGUUAUUUUUAGUAUGUAAUGAAUUCCACUGAUUGUCAAAAAGAAUUAAUAUUCUGAAUGAUCUGAUUAUGAACUGAAACAAUGACAUAAAUUUUAAUGAGUUAAUUUUUUUUAUUUGACCCCUUUCUAAUAUAAGCUAUUUAUUCCUAACAUUGUGAAAAAUAAUUGUAUGGUAAUAUGUGUGCAGUUUAUAUCCCAGAAAUAAAUAUCAGGUGAAUUCAUAGGCUUGUCAGUUAAGUCAUGAACUUUCUGGGUUCCACUUUGAGCAGCCUUCUUUUAAGUGAAUUGUGAUAAAUUAUUAUUUAUACUGAAUUUAGAGGUAAAAUGUUCUAUUCCUUUUGUUCAUCUUUCCAUUGGUCAAAUUAUAGUGAAAUAUAGUGAAUAGUUUGAAUUUUGAUAAAUCCCCAAAAUCUAAUUUUACAGUAUUUGUUCUUUACUCACCUAAAAUGUAAUGAUUUUUUAUCCCAAAUAAAACUAAAACCAAUUCUGUUGGGAAUGGUCUCCAAGUGGCAUGAAUGUAGUGGCAUGAAUGAUAUUCAAGUGGCAUGAAUGUAGUUCAGAUUGAGAGACCAGCCCAGAUUCUGUUGAUAUUUCCACAGAUAUGUAAUAGACAAUAGUUGAUAUGUUGUUAUGAAACACAAGUACAAAAUAUAUAAUUUGCCUAGGACUGUAAUGUAUCUCUAAGGCAAUAAGGCAGCCUCUUUUGAAGUGAAGUAUGAAAUAUAGGUAAGAGAUCAAGUUGUUAUUUAUUUAAUCUAAUAUAGGUAAUUCAGUCUUAAUGACCAUUAAUGCUGAGUACUAGUUCUCUGGUUC